AUGGAGGGCCGGUUCACCCGAAAACAUGUGGAUCAUUUGAGAAGAAAGGCGAUACCCCAACAAACCAAUGUUCCACCUGUAACCAUUGCAGAACCUGUGGGCCCUGUUGUGAUUGAUCAACCAAGGAUAGACAUACCGGAUGUCUCUGUCAGAUUGGAUAACACUGAGCUGUCUGGGCCAAAGCAGGACACAGAAAAGGAAAAAGAUGAGUUACAAAUUGAGGAAGUAAAGGCAGAAAAAUCUCCAAGUGCAAGUGAUCGACAAAUGGCAAAGCAGAAAUCAAGUACAGAAGCACAAAAGGAUAAAAAACUGAGCAGCAAGAAGACUGAGGAAGUGAAGUUGCAAAAAACGGUUGUUGAAAAAAUUCAAGCAAAACAGGUUGCUGAAGAGGACCCUUGGGCACAAAUCACCUUAAAUCGAUGCAUUAUAGUUGCUGCAGCGAUCGUGGUUUUCAGCAUGGGUGUUCAGCUGAUUUAUAGUUAUCUCACACAGACUAUUUUAACAGGUGUCUUUGAAGUAGACGACGCAUUGGUGUAUUCUGACAGUGAUCUUCUUGAUGAUGAAGAUUUGAAAUUGGCAGAAAGGACUAUCCUAGAGGAUCAGGCAUUGAUUUCAGAAACUGAGAAAACCAUCAGUGAACUUGAGAAGAAGCUUCCUCCUCACACUCCUGUCAAACCAGAUUUGAAAAAGACAUGUACCACGCUGAAGGGCAAGCCUGGAGGCUGCAAGGCUGAGGCAGCUGAUAAAAAGCAGAUCUCUGCAUACAUUAAGGAGAUCAAAAGCAUUAAAAGUGGUUAUAAGCCAAGAGAUAAAGACUCAGAGCCCAGGUCCAGCAAGGACAGGAAAGAUCACAAGCCCGAGUUUGAAAAGAAAGAUUAUAAGUACUUCAAAAAGGAGCCCAAGGAGGAAAAACACAGAGGCCACAAAGGCUACCAAGAGCAGCACAUCAAAGAAGGUGAUGACAAGAAGCUUUCCAAGGGCAAAGAAGAGGGAUGUGAUAAGGGGAGUAAAUUCAAUCAGCUCAGUUUUCUAAGAAGACAGGAGAAAAAUGCUAAACAAGGAACAUACAACAAACACCAAGGCCAUUACAAAGACUUUGAGAAGCACAAGUAUUUCAUUAAGCAGGAUGACAACAAAAACCAUGAUUUUAAAGUGCAGAAAGAAUAUAGUAAGUACAGAGUAUUCAAACGCAGUAAACAUUAUGGAGGUGAAAAAAAUUUUAAGAAAGGUGGCGUGGGAAAACAAUUUGGUAAGAAGAAAUUCAAAGAAGGUAGAAAACACGACUAGUUGGCUUCAUGUUCCAAGUUACAUGCAUUCACAACUAGCUGCAGUGACUAGAAAAUAUUUUCACCUUACAUGAAAAGUCGAAACAGAAAUGUUAGUUUAUAUCAGUCAAGUGCAAUGUUUCUAAAUAAAAGUACAGUUAUUAUUGCACCAAAUAAAAAUCUCCUCUGCAUCAAAUAGGGUUAUUUACUUGUAU